GCUGGACUCUUUUGUUCGAAGUGGUUGCAAGCGGGUGUUAUUGUUUAUUUACGUUGCUUAAAUUACCGAAAAAUUAAAAAUAGUUUAGAACAUUGAAUUUAAUUUGAAACAGAUUUAACAAUUUAGAGACAAAGGAAGACAGAUACACGGUAGAGACAUGUUGCCGGGCGUGGGAGUCUUUGGGACCGGGGAGAUAGCCAAUGUACUGGUGCCUCUGCUGCGUGAGAAGGGAUUCGAAGUGAGGGCCAUUUGGGGCCGAACUUUAAAAGAGGCUAAGGAAACAGCGCAGAGCCAAAAUGUGUCCUUCCACACGAAUGUGAUCGAUGAUGUACUACUCCGCAAGGAUGUGGACUUGGUGUUUAUAGUGUGCCAGCCGUUCCUUCAUGCUGAAAUCUCUGUGAAGGCGCUGGGCAUUGGCAAGCAUGUGGUGUGCGACAAGCCAGCGGGACUGCAUCAGCAGGAUGCGUUGAAGAUGGUGCGGGCCUCCCAGUAUUAUCCAACUCUCAUCUCUCUGGUGAAUCAUCCUUUAAGGUUUCUGCCGGCCUUCACCCACAUGCGGCGCUGCUUGCAAGAAGAUUUCAUUGGGCCCGAUGUGGUACUAAUGGAUGUGCGUGUUCAGUUGGGCACUCUGUUUCCAGAGCAAUACAAUUGGAUGUGCGACGCCCAGAUGGGUGGCGGUGCCUUGAAUCUGGUAGGAAGUGUUGUGGAUCUGGUUAGCUUCCUCUUGCAGCAGCAAGCUGUUCGUGUCCAUGGCGUGUUGCGAUCCUACACAAAAACAACGCCUGCCAUUAACGGCAUUCGACAGAUUACUGCUCCAGAUUUCUGCAAUUUCCAAAUGGAAUUAUCGAAAGGGACGCUGGUCACAGUAGCUCUUCAUAGUCAUACUGUGCCAGCUAAGGCCUUUUCUCAGGAGGUUCUGGUCUAUGGCAGCAAGGGUCAUUUGGUGGUGCGUGGCGGCGAUUUGUUUGCGCUAAAAGAAGGCCAACCCAAGGAAGAAGCUGUUUACGUAGAUGUUCAGGAUUUGCAUUUCUCAACGAAUAAUUCACUCCUGCCUCGUCCCUACAUCAAGGGUCUGUGCAAGAUGGUAGGUGCUCUGAAGGAAGCAUUUGGCAGCAAAGAGUCCUCCUGGAUUAAGGCACCGGUUUGCACGGCUUCCACCUUUGAAGAUGGUCUUUAUGUUCAGGCCGUCGUCGAGGCCAUCCGCAAAUCGAAUGAGAGCAGACAAUGGCAACGUGUUGAACUCUCCACUGAUGCACCACUUAACCAUGACCAGAUCAUACGAUAUGCACGCAUGUCUACUAUGUAAAAAACCUGGAAAAGAAGCUCAUCGUGCAAUCCACAAUAUACAUGCUAUUCCAUGUACUAGUUUAUAUUUUUGUGUCUAGCUAUUUAAGCAUGUUGUUAGUAACAAUAAUUUAGGUUUUUCUAUUCAUUUUACCAUUACCAUCGAAUGUAUUUAACUUAUUUUCUUAUUCGGCAUUUACUGUUCAAUAAAAACUAUCUUGCGUAUUUUUGUAAAAAAAUUUAA